AUGAUCCGUUUACUUUAAUUCCACAACCACCACCUUUUGGCGAAACACCGCUCCUUACAGUUAUAUCAUCUAAAACUCAACGUCAAGAUUAUGGUCCAUUUGCGACAUUGGGGGUUGAUCCACCUUUUUUCACGCCAGCAGAUAAAGACUAUAUUUACAAUAUAUUUGGAGAUGAAAAGGGAUAUGCAUACGCUAAAAGUCUUAAAGCAUUUGUGGCAGAUAUGGGUGAAGAGAUGAAUGUGCACGCGGAUAAGAUCAUAGAUAAUUUAACUUUUGGUGUUCAUAGCCUUGAUCGACAAGUAUCACAUAUAUUGUCUAAUUUAGAUUCUAACAGGCCUAUUGAUACCUCGGUUAUUAUUCAAACCGAGCUUGGUCCUGUAAAUGUGAGUGAAGAAAUUGAACGAAAUAAGCAGCUUUCAGCGAUAAAGAAGCAACAAGCUGAACUAGAUGUGUGGCACAAAGAUAAGAUUGAUUUAGACUUUUUGAUUAGCGAUCAAGAAAUAAUAUCUAUGACGAAAUCGAUGGGGAAUGAUCAGCAAAGUUUUCAAAAAAUGCUAGAACUCAAUGCUCAGAGCUUAAAUGAUUUGAUCAAAGUUAAGCAAGGUGUUAGUAAUUUGGAGUCACAACAAAAAGAAAAACAACUUUUUUCUGAGGUCAACAUUCGACUUUUUAAUCUUGUCCAGCAUGUUCCAAUGACUGAGAUAUCUUCAAGCACAUCUUCCCCAUCGCAAUCAAAUGCAAUAUCCAGGAUACAACCAUUUACACAAGAUCAAAUUCGCCCACAAGUACAAUCAUGUACAUCUGACCAAACGACCACGUCGUCGUUUUCGCUAACGCAGCAGCAAAUUUUACCAAAACGUUCGGCUAGCAUUAGUUCUACACCAGCUUUGAUUUUGCCUAACGUCGAACAAAAUGAUACGAUUAGCGCGUUAGCUCCUGCCUCUAUUUUGCACGAUAGUGCACCCAAUGUUAUGACCCCUAUCAGAGUACGUCAAAAGCCAUGCAAUUAUAAUCCGGCUGGAAAAUGUGCUAACUGCCAGACCACUGAUACACCAGGAUGGCGGGCAGGUGAAACACCUGACCAAAAACUCUGCAACGGUAUGAUAUUUUAUCAGUCGAUGUUUUCCUUUUGCGCAUUGCGCAACUGA